AUUGGGCUGUGGGUGCGAGAAGGCGAGACCUGGUCCAAGAAGAUCUCUUCAAGAGGAAUCGUGAACCCCAGCAUUGAGUCGCAUCUCGAAGUGCUUCGGGAACACUUGGCUAAACAGCAGAUCCAAAACGUCGACUCCAGUGGAUAAAUUUUAGUGAAAGAUAUAGUGCCUGACAUCCGCCAGCAACAUGUCUGACGAGGAAUAUUAUGAGGAGGAGGAGGUUGAGGAGGAAGAGGAAGUAUACGAAGAAGAAGAAGAAGAAGGCGAGGAAGAGGAUGUGGCUCAAAUGGAAGAGAAAAAGUCCGUUCGUUCAAUGGUGUCGGAUGGGGGAGACACCAACUUCCUGAAGGCUCGUCAAGAGGCCAAGAAGGGUGAGCUUGAUGAGCAACUGAAGGAAUACAUCAAUGAAUGGCGCAAACAGCGCUCCAAGGAAGAGGAGGAGCUCAAGCGUCUGAAGGAAAAGCAGGCCAAGCGCAAGGAGAUCCGCGCUGAGCAGGAAAAGAAAUUGGCCCAGCAAAAGAAGGAAGAGGAGGAGAAGCUCCGCAGGGAGGAGGCCGACAAGAAGGCCAAAGAGGCUGAGGAGAAACGCAAACGCCUCGAAGAAGCUGAGAAGAAGCGUCAAGCCAUGAUGCAAGCCCAGAAGGAGAAGCAGCAAGCUUCCGGCCAGGGUGGCCGCGUUGGUGGCAAGCGAUCUGAUGGCGGCGGAAUGGGCAAUGUCCAAGAUGCUCGACGUGAGAUGACCAAGACCAAGGAGCAAUUGGAAGAGGAAAAGAAGAUCUCCUUGUCCAUCCGCAUCAAGCCCUUGGAUCUCGAUGGCAUGGACUCUGAUCAGCUCAAGAACAAGGCCAAUGAGCUCUGGGAGACCAUUGUCCGACUUGAGACCGAGAAGUACGAUCUUGAGGAAAGGCAGAAGAGACAAGACUACGAUUUGGUUCAGCUUAAAGAGAGACAAAAGCAACAACUGAGACAUAAGGCUAGAAAACGUGGGCUGGACGAGGAGGCAUUGACUGGCAAGUACCCACCUAAGAUCCGCAUGUACUCCAAGUACGAGCGUAGGACAGACACCCGUACCUAUGAGGACAGGCGAAAGCUCUACGAAGGCGGAUGGGAAGUCCUUUACUCCGAGGUCCUUGAGAAAGAUUGGAAGGAAAAACACGAGGACUGGAUAAAGCGUUCUCGCUCCAAGCUCCCCAAAUGGUUCGGAGAGCGCCCUGGCAAGAAACCCGGCGAUCCGGACUCUCCCGAAGACGACGAGGAGGCCGGUGAUCAAGCCCCUGCCGAGGUUGAGGAAGAAGAGGAAGAGGAAGAAGAGGAGGAGGAAGAGGAAGAGGAAGAGGAGGAAGAAGAAGAAGAAGAGGAAGAGGAGGAGGAAGAAGAAGAGGAAUAAGCAGAACGCUCCUCGCGCAGAUUCCAACCCACUAUCUCAUCUUCAUCAUUCAACACCAAUGCUUCAUCUGCCUUUCUACAACGACCUUCAAUGUAGAUCUUGCUUCUCACGUGAUAUAUAUAUAUAUAUAAAAGAAAACUUAUGAAGAAAACGAUUCCCGCAUCAGCAUGUUCUUGGCUUCUUGGCUUCUUGGCCCAAAGUGUUACCCCGAAACAAAAGUGACCAGAGGAUCAGGCUCACCCUUCACACCAUCCAUCAACCAACUACAACCAACUAUCAUUGUGAAACCUCUAUCCACAGCAACCAAGAGCACAAACAACCCUAACAUCCAUCCGUCCGACAUCAGAUGCAGAGAUACAAUGAAACUUGUAAUGAGUGUGUGAGAGGAAGAUGAAGAAAAAUGGCUUUCUCAUGUUCCUCAACCCCUGGACUGCAUGCAUGCGACUACAAUGAAAGGAGAAAAAGGCUAUUACCAAUAUUACAACCAACCACUUCCUUUAGGAACAAGUUUCCCUACGACAAUUUGGCCACUCUCAUCUUGAACAAUCAUUUCACCUUCGCCCUGAGCAUCAAAUUCUCACCAUGAUCCGUUUUGGUGGGUUCGUUUGGUCAGGCGUGAUUUCUAUCUACUAUAGAGUACCUCUGUUCUCUGUCUAUCCGUUUGUAUUUUCCCCAAUUUUUCCGCCCUCCCGUUGAGAACUUUGGAAAUUGUUUUCUUUUCACAUCUUUCUCUCUGAUUUUCCUCUUCAGGCAAGAUUGACUCGAAAAAAAAACACGACAAUAGACUCUUUCAUGUUCAAUGUUGUUGUUUGUGUGAUGUUUUCAAAACUUUAUCAAUGGCAACAAAUCCACCACCAUCCAUCCAUCCACCCAAAAAGUUGGUAUGCAAGAAGUGUCCUAAUGAUGAAUUUUGGAAAGGUGCACACUUUUCAUAAGCCUCAAAUAAAGAUUUUUGCACAUAAAAAAAGAAUCACUGCAAGAUCAUUGAAGUAUUUUUAGGGUGGAUUGUUCACCAAAAAAAGUAUAAAAAAGAUCCAUGUAAUCUCAAUUGUUGACCAGGGUACUUUUUAAGUAAUAAUAAUAUCAUCAUUAUCAUCUCACAUUUCAUGACAAUGCUACAACCGUUCCUACUACUACUACUUCCACUACUCCUACUACUACUACCACAACAACUCCUACUAUUACUACCAUUUCAACUUCGACCACUUCUACUUCUACACUAUGAAAAAGCAUCUCUUUUUUCUCGCUAUAUAUAUUUUCCAAACACUUCAGAGAUUGUUCUGAAAUUUGCCUAUUGACCACGACAUAAAACUUUCUUCAAACCAUUUUUGUCACCAGCCCAACAUUUCGAUUCGAUUUGGAUGAAGGUGGAUUUUGACAGAGUUUUGCAUUGCCGUACUACUAUCGAUCUUACCACAACUACUACUACUACUACUACUACUACUACUAUUGCAACAACUUCUACUCCCCCGCCCCCGAAUUUUUACUUUCCAACUCCCCUCUUUGAACAGUUCAUCAACUGCCUCUUCCCCCGCCACUCCUUCCAACCAAAAUACGACCUUUUUGUCUUGAGUUAAGGCUAUUUUUGGCCCUAGUUUUGUAAUAAAAAUUGUUUUCUUACAAACAA